UAGUGGUUCCGGGUUUAUGUUGUGUUUACGUUUUCACCUCGCUCGCUGUACUGUGCAGUUAUAUAUAUUAAGUGGAGAGUAAAGCUGACUCGACGCAUCUCCGUCUCCUGUCUCCUCAUUUUACACACUCCACACUAUAGCCUUAAACAUGUUACUGUCACAAAGGCUAAUUACAGUAGUAUAGCAGAGUGGAGGUGCAGCAGAAGAAACUACACUAUAGCUGUGUCCCAAUUCAGGGUCUGCAUCCUUCGGAGGCCGCGGCCUACGCAGCCGCACCUCCGAAGGCACCUCCGAGGCUCCGAAGGACUCGUCAACCGUUGUUAAAUGGGACGGUCUAGCCUACGGAGGAUUUCCUGGUUGCGUCACCACGUCAUGAUUCCUGUCGCCCAAGCUCGGGAAAAACACAACAGACGGCAGCGACAAAUGGACAAACUGGCGACAAAAUGGAGCUAGAAUUUGUCAUUUUGUUUAUUUAUUUUACUUUUUGUUAGAGGAAGAGGAGAGGCGGCUCCAGCGACACCGGUGGCUCGUUUAUCUCCGGCUGGGAGAGAGCCGUGGCGAGGACGAAGACAGUAUGUGGACACUGGCCUUUCACAUGGUUUUCAUCGGUUCAUGCCUACAGGGAAUCGCAUGCUACCCAUCAUGCACUUUAUACGGCAUUGUGGCUAAUUGCGCCAUGCAGCACCACUACUGGGUUCCUGCUCUGCCUCCCAACAUCACAGACCUUUACCUGGAGAUGAACUACAUCGGUGAGAUCAACAGCAGCUCGCUCAGAAGCUAUGACCAGCUGCAACGAGUAGAUCUUGGAAGUCAGAAAGUGCAGCUUGUCAUAAGGAACAACGCUUUCCUCAGGCAGAGAAAACUGAUAAAGUUGGUCCUUGGCAACACCCAGCUUCAGCUGGAGCCAAGGGCUUUUGCAGGACUGUUUAACUUACAAAAUUUGUUUUUGGAUCAUUGCAAUUUGGCAGACUCUAUACUGGCAGAAAGCUAUCUGCAGCCACUUUUAUCCCUAGAAAAGCUUGAUCUCUCUGGUAAUAAAAUAGUGAGACUCCGACCAGGACCGUUCUUUUCAAAACUUACAAAGUUCACACAACUAAACCUCAAAUUGAAUCGUAUUGAAAGUUUAUGUGAAGAGGAUCUUGUCGGUUUCCAGGGGAAAUACUUCACACUCCUGAACUUGCAAUCCAAUUACGUUAGGUAUAGUGAUGAUUUUGACUGGGAAAGAUGCGGGAACCCUUUCAGAGGGAUGGCCUUUAAUACCCUUGACUUAUCCAGCAAUGGGUUCAGCAUGACGAUAGCAAGAAAUUUUUUUAAAGCAAUACAGGGUACCCCAAUUGCUCAUGUUAUAUUAUCUGGACACAUAGGUAAAGGCUUUUCAUUUAACAACCUUCCAGAUCCAGAUAAAAACACAUUUGAAGGCCUCAUGAAUAGUUCAGUUACCAUUUUAGAUCUGUCUAAAAACUAUAUAUUUACUUUGCAGAAGGCUUUUUUAAGUCCUCUAAAGGAUGCAAAAAUCGUUGACAUUUCCAUGAACAAAAUCAAUCAGAUAAACAGAAAUGCCUUUGAUGGUCUUCAAGGACAUUUACGAUUGCUCAACCUGUCAUCUAACCUCUUAGGAGAAAUAUAUUCUCACACAUUUACCAAUCUGACAGACCUUCGGGUGUUAGAUUUGUCAUACAACUACAUUGGGGCCUUGGGACAUGAAGCAUUCAGUGGUCUUCCUAAAUUACGAGCGUUAUAUCUGAUGGGAAAUUCACUGCGAGUCCUAGGUUCUCCUGCACCAUUACCAAACUUAGAGUUUCUUCUCUUGGGCGACAAUAGGUUGACAUCUAUAUACAACAUCAAUAAACUGGGUAAUAACAGUAUUUAUGUGGAUGUUGCAGACAAUAAACUAACAAAUUUGGAUGAUAUUUUUGUAAUUUUAACCCAAUUCAGGCAUCUCCAAACUUUCUUCUAUGGUAGCAACUUGAUCAAGUGGUGCAGUCAGAAUGUUACAGUACCUCACAAUAAUAGUUUGCGAGUGCUGGAUCUUCAUGACAGCUCCCUGCAUAUAAUCUGGGGGCGGGGGGAGUGCCUCAACCUUUUUGAUCAUCUAGAAAAUUUGCAGGGUCUAAAUUUAAGCUUAAACUCACUUGCGGCUCUCCCACGAGGGAUUUUUAAUGGUCUAGGCUCAAUCACAGAGAUCGACCUCUCAUCUAACGCCUUAACUUUUUUGCAGCCAGAUAUUUUCCCGGUCAGCCUGAAAAGACUCGACCUCUCUAACAACUUUUUAGCCGCUCCAGACCCAAGGACUUUUCAGUCCAUCAGCUUCCUUAGCCUGGCUGCAAAUCGGUUCCACUGUGAUUGCAAUCUGGAGAGCUUCUUGAAGUGGCUGAAAGUGACACAUGUAAACUUCUUCAGCCCGAUUGAUGAGUUCAGAUGUGAGUUUCCAGUUGCUCUCCAUAAACGUUCUCUACUGGAAUACUCCACAAACGUCAAACCAUGUGAGGACGUCCAAGACCUUAAGAUUGCGCUUUUCAUCCUCUCUGCUCUCCUCAUCAUUGCUUUCAUCCUCAGUGGGAUUGUUUACGCCCGUCUCCGAGGGCACAUAUUCAUUAUCUACAAAAAGAUCAUCAGUAGGGUUGUCAAGGGCCCAAAACCGACAACUUAUGUUGACGAAGUGCAGUAUGACGCCUUCCUCUGCUUUAGCAACAAUGACUAUGGGUGGGUAGAGGCUGCAUUGCUUAAGAAGCUGGAUAACCAGUUUUCAAAGGGGAACAUCCUCCACUGCUGUUUUGAGGCCAGAGACUUCCUGCCAGGUGAGGAUCACCUUUCCAACAUCAGAGAUUCCAUCUGGGGCAGCAGGAAGACUGUGUGCAUCGUCUCCAAAGAGUUCCUCAAAGAUGGUUGGUGCUUGGAGGCGUUCUCAUUGGCCCAGGGCCGGAUGCUGGAGGAGCCGACGAGCAUCCUGAUUAUGUUGGUGGUAGGGAAGGUGGCUCACUACCAGCUGAUUAAGCACCAUGCAAUCCGAGCUUUCAUCCAAAGGAGAAAGUACCUAAUUUGGCCGGAGGACCCUCAGGACCUAGAGUGGUUUUUUGAGAAGCUCGUCUCACAGAUACUCAAGGACACAAAGGUAAAAAAAUUGGCAGAGGACAAACCUGACGCUGCACAGUCUGACAUCCAAUCUCAGAACGAGGACAGUAUCCAGCUUGAGGCCAUCGCUGCUAUUGCCAUGUGAACUCUAACUGUGUGAUAACGUGUUGAUACCAACAUCAUUCCAGCUGAAGUGUCACCAGUGAUCUUGCACUCCAGGCUCCUCAGCAGGAUGAGGAUGAUGUUCUCCUCUAAAAAGACCUUUCUGAAAAGGACUAUGGGUAUUAUUAAUCUUCCAAGGAAGUAAUAGCAAAGGCUCUUCAAAAAGUCCUUCAUGUUUAAGUUUUAGAACCAGACUUAGAAGCUGUCUGGUCCUGAACACUUUCAUUUCCAUGUAUGGAGGUGAUCUGUUGCACAAUAUCAAAUCAAUUUAUAAUUCCUUUCUCUAUAUUUUCAGUAUUUUGUCUUUUGUCAUUGUCAGCAUUUACUGUACUCCAUGACUCACUGACAUGUGAUCAUAAAGAAAUUAGUAUGUCAUUUGUUAAUGCUGUGUUGUUGAAAUUAACAAUAUGUAACACUGAGUAAGUGAAAUGUGUUUGAUUCAUCAAGCGUAAUAACAAUAUGUUGGGAUUCACAGGACCACAGAUGAUUUAUCAUUUGGUAAAAUCAUCACUGGGCAUUUAAAGGCUUUUUCCUCUGCAUGCUCUUUGUUCUCCAAACAAAGACAGCUAUGUGACACCCAUCUCCACAGGAGGUCUCACCUCACACCUCAGUGAGACACAAGUCUCACAACUUGAUUGGACAGCACUGUUACAGUGACAUGCCCCUCUGUGAUAUCACCAAACUCUAAGCUAAGUCCUGCUCCUUUCAAGCUCUCUCUCUUGCUCUCCAGCUGUUGAACAGGUAACACCUCUUUCCGGCUGGGCCUGGAACAGCAGUGGCCCAGACCCUUGCUCCAUAGCCCCAAACCACUAAAGGGAGGGCAAUGGAUCAUAGACUCUCUUGCAAACACAAGGUUUUGCAACUAGCUUUCCAGCAACAAGGAACUAAGUGAGUUAGCACCCAGCGUCUAACUCUGCUAAACCCUGAGCGACCAGCUUCCUCGGAGUUUCACCUUUGGAACAAAGGACCCAACAAAGACUGCACCUGGAACCAUCUUCCCAGCCUUCUUCUGCCGGCUAACAAAGCAGUACACCACCAAGUGACUCUUUCUCCCAUCCAUUCAAGGAUCGGUAAUGUAACAACUGGGCAUAGCUUAUCACAGCUUUACAGGCUAAGCAAGACUGGUUAACUUGUUGUAUGUGAUUCGACUGAGUUAUUGUUGUGAUUAGAUUGCAGUUAGGUCAUUGAUUAGUUGGCUUCGCCAAAGCUAGGUGUUUAGUUUGCUAAUACUGUUCACAAACAGAUUCUUGCACACAACUAAACAAUCUUUGCACUAAUCCAGACCGUUUGCAACACACGUCACAUUGACAUAGACUCAUUAACAAAUAGGCUUUCAACAGAGCUACAUCCAAACAGGCAUCUCAAAGUUCCUGCUUCUUUUCCUUUGUCUUUGUCCUGACCACACGGUCAGACAAACACCUCCCCCGACCUGGAGCCAGCCUUGAUUCGGCCAUUUUGGUAGUUCUCUGUUGUCAGCCAUUUUGUUUUGUAGGCCAAACGGCUCUUUGAUCACCACACCCGCCUUUGUCUUUCUCUUUUUCUCCCUCACACACACACACACACACACACACACACACACACACACCAAGCUUGUAUAUAGUUUGUUAGAAUUUGUGUGUUUUGGUUUGCUUUGCUAGUUUGUGAAUAAAUAUAAUUCUUUG